CUCUCCCUCUGCCUCAUUCUCUCUCUCUCUCUCUCACUCACGUGGUUAUUAAUAUCUUCUUUUUGCCUCUUCAUGUUUCUCUUUAGAAACCCCGCCCUUUGGUUUCUGCUCGUGGAAGCCCUAGGGUUUUGCACUCUCUUAGCUUAACGCUUAUAUUUUCCGCCCUUUUUUCCUUGGGGUUUUUGCCUUCAUAGGGUUUUAGGGGAUUUCCUUCACUUAUUUCUUAUCUUUCUUUCUUUCAUUCUGAUUUUCUCGUUCCAGCUAUUUGGCUAGAUCUCGAUCUGAGUUUGUUGGUAUGGAUUUUGGAGCUGCGCGCAAGAGGGGGAGGGGUGACCCUGCUUUGAAUGGGAAUGGAGGGCUGAAGCGUUCCAAGCAAGAAACGGAGUCAUUUACACCUGGUAUAGGAAGCAAAUCGAAGCCUUGCACCAAGUUUUUCAGUACCGCCGGUUGUCCCUUUGGUGAGGGCUGCCACUUCCUUCAUUACGUCCCCGGUGGCAUCAAUACUGUAGCCCAUAUGACUAAUUUGGCUGACCUCGCAGUUCCGUCCUCAAGAAACACAGUAGGCCACCAUCCCAUUCCCGAUGGUUCAGCUCCACCAGCAGUCAAGACUCGCAUGUGCAACAAGUUCAACACAGCUGAGGGUUGCAAAUUUGGGGAAAAGUGUCAUUUUGCCCACGGAGAACGUGAACUUGGAAAGCCCAUUGUUUCAUCACAUGAAGAUCCCCGUGCAUUAGGAGGAGCAAUGACAGGCGGUGGCAGAUUGGCUGGCAGGCUUGAGCCCCCUCCUCCUCCGCCAGGUCUUGCAGCUGCAGCGAGCUUUGGUGCAUCUGCUACAGCAAAGAUCAGCGUUGAUGCUUCCCUCGCUGGAGCCAUCAUUGGAAAAGGGGGUGUAAACUCGAAGCAGAUUUGUCGCCUAACAGGUGCCAAGCUGGCCAUAAGAGAACAUGAAUCGGAUCCGAACCUGAGAAACAUCGAGCUUGAGGGGACCUUCGAUCAGAUAAAGCAAGCAAGCGCAAUGGUACGUGAGUUGAUCGUGAACAUUGGUUCAGCGGCAGGUCCAGGGAAGAACCCAGGCGUACCGGCAGCAGCACAAGCUGUAGCUGCAAGCAACUACAAGACCAAGCUGUGCGAGAACUUUGCUAAGGGGUCUUGCACAUUUGGUGACAGGUGUCACUUUGCACAUGGUGCAGCUGAUCUCCGCAAACAGGGAGUUUGAGCGCUCUUCUUUGUUUUGCUUGCUUUUUUGGUUGUGGGGGGUUGGUGGGAGGGAUAAAAAGCUCCUUUGGCUGUCGUAUUUGUUGAUGGAGCUCGGUUUUGGGUUUGGUUGUUGGAUCUUUGGAUGCAUCUUUUGUGGAUAAGCAAAAGAAGAAAAAAAACAUUACGGGUGUUAAAAAAAGUUAUUCUAUGUUUUUUUUUUUUGGGGGGGGGUGGUUCCUACUGAUCUCUUAACUACUUUUGACUCUUGAUCUCGUCUCGUAUGCGUUGGUGCGGAUCCUAUUUUAAAAUGGACGUGUGGUUUUAUUGAAGGCGGACUUCGAGUUUGAAGCGAUCAAAAGGGUAUAACACGCUCUCUUUAUAGUUGGUAUUUUA